AUGAACCUCAAGUCUUCGACAUCGGCGCCUCAGCUUGUGGUCAAAGGCAGCCGGAUCAUGGCUAGAAAUGACAGCUGCCUUCUAGUGAGGCACACCCCGCAUCCCAGAAGAGUCUGCCACAUCAAAGGUCUGAAUAACAUUCCAAUCUGCACUGUGAAUGAUGAUGAAGAUGCGUCGGGCGGUGGUGGCCAGCCUGUCCGUGUAGACAAGGAUGAGAAGCCUUGUGCCAAGUGCUGCUGCCUACCUAGCACUGCAGCCCUGCAGAGCCCCGUCAGAGGCCUGUCACCAGCUUCAACCAGUGUCAGAGUGCCCCCACGGCCUCAUUCUGAGCCCAGUAGACAAAUCAAAGAGUGCUUCAAAACUUCCGAUGAGAAUCCCUUAGUAAUUGAAAAGGAAGAAAAUAAGGCCAAAAAGCCACCAUCACCUCCAAAGGCAUCCUCUACUGCUGGUUCCUGUUCUUCGGGGAUGACAAGCACCAAGAAUGAUGUCAAAGCGAACACUGUUUGCAUACCAAACUAUCUGGACCAAGAAAUAAAAAUCCUGGCAAAGCUCUGUGACAUUUUACGUACUGAUUCUCUGGCCGAAGUUCUACAGUGGCUGGUUCAUGCAAGUUCAAAAGAAAAAGAGUGGGUCUCAGCUUUGGUUCACUCGGAGCUGGCGGAGAUAAACCUGUUGACUGCUCGCAGAGGACACACGUCAAAGGAAGCAUCCUCGGAGACUGGGAAGCCACUCACGGUGAACUCACCACCCGCAGUUCAAUCGCCCCCAAAGUCACCUGCAAAACCAACAGCGCUGAGCAGCAUCAGCGAAGAACAUGAGCCAACCAGAGUGUCGAGUCAAGGAUCCGAAGGGAAUAAGGAAGUGCCCAAAGAGGCUGAGCACAAGCCCCCAUUGUUUAUAAAAAGAAACAAGAUGAAAAUACCUGUUGCAGACUAUUUCAGCAAACCAAAGUCUCCUCCCAGGCCUAAUUCUCUGGGUUGUGUAUCAGCAAAGCCACUGUCAGCAAGGAGUAUACAGCAAGGAUAUAAUCUCUGUCCCCAAAGAGCAUUUUAUCCUUCAACAUACCAAAGAUAG